AUGUUGAUUGAGAGAGGGGGCGGUGUUGUAACAGCAGUGAAAGAGGCAGAGAAAGAACUGAACACAGAUGAACUGAUCAGCAGAAGAGAUGACAUCUCACUGCAAGACACAGUGACUGUCAUCACAGUCACAAGAGAAGCAGGAGAAGAAGAAGAAGAAGAUGUGAUAAUGAGAGUGAUGCUUCUGCAGUUCAUUGAUAUCACUGUCUUCACCUCUAACUGA